UUCCCAUGUUCACUCCGGACAGCCCUUUUUUGUUGACAUGUUCAAAUAAUGAAUCUCUUAUGUGUAGGAUCCCUUUUUCCCCCCCUGCUCCUGAGUCCUGUUUCUAGUUGUCGGGUAGGGAUGCUGUGCGGACCAUUCCAUCGUCUGUCCCAAGCUUAUGGAGAACCGCUGACUCGCUGGCUUCCAGGAACCAGGGUGCUGAAAUGGAACAUAUACUUUUGAUUCUUUUACUCUUUACUAAGGCUUUAUCAGUUGGAGCUCAAUUCAAUGGAUACAACUGUGACGCCAAUUUUCAUAGCCGAUUCCCCGCGGAGAGGGACAUCAGUGUGUACUGUGGGGUGCAGACCAUCACCCUCAAGAUCAACUUCUGCCCCGUCCUCUUUUCCGGGUACACUGACACCGACCUGGCCCUCAAUGGUCGCCAUGGAGAUGCACACUGCCGUGGAUUCAUCAACAACAACACCUUUCCCACUGUUGUGAUCUUUAGUAUCAGCCUGGCCACGCUGGAGUCCUGUGGCAAUUCCCUGGUGGUCUCCACGGCUCAGGGACCAAACGCUUAUGGGAACCUGUCACUGGUGCAGAUUGGAAACAUAUCAGGGUACAUCGACACACCGGAUCCCCCCACCAUCAUCAGCUACCUGCCAGGUCUACUGUACAAGUUCAGCUGCAGCUACCCACUGGAAUACCUGGUCAACAACACACAACUGGCCUCGUCAGCAGCUGCGAUAUCAGUGAAGGACAGCAACGGUACCUUCGUCAGCACGUUGAAUCUGCUGCUUUACAAUGACUCAUCAUACAUUCAGCAGCUGUCCAUCCCCAUGGCAGGACUGACCCUGAAGACGCGUGUGUUUGCAGCUGUAAAAGCUUCUAACCUGGAUAGGAGAUGGAAUAUUCUAAUGGACUACUGUUACACCACGCCCUCUGGAAACCCUAACGAUGACCUCCGCUAUGAUCUUUUCUUUAGCUGUGAAAAAGACCCCCAGACCACUGUCUUUGAAAACGGGAAAAGCCAAAUGGGCCGCUUUGCCUUUGAAGUGUUCCGCUUCGUGAAGCAUAAGAACCAGAAGAUGUCCACCGUCUUCCUGCACUGUGUCACCAAGCUGUGUCGGGCAGACGACUGUCCCAUGCUCAUGCCAAUCUGUGGCAGCAGGAGAAAGAGAGACGUCUCAGAGGGGAAAGAAUCAAACAGCGCAUCUGGGAAUGCUGUCCUGACUGCCGGGCCUAUCAUCACUCGGAGUGAUGAAACACCAACCAACAACUCUCAGCUGGCCCAUCUGAAAGCUCCAGUGUUUCAGAUGAACACGGUGACGAGCGCGCUCAUCUCGGGCAUGAUCAUCCUGGGCGUCAUGAGCGUUUGCUUCUUCAUCUUCUCCCUGACCCUCCUCAAAGGCAAGAGUACUCCUGUCAGCACCCUGUCUGGAGUCCGUAACCCAGCCUUCAGCUGAACGCCCAAACCUAGCCCACUGCAGACGCUCCCCCACGACUGACAAUGCUAAGCGAGGGGCAACAACACAUGUGACAAGAUGUUUGUGCAUGUAGUCAUUUUACAGGAGAAUAAAAGCUAAAAGUUGAUUUAGAAUUUUUUUAACAGGCCUGUACAAUGUGCAUUAGUGUAGACUUUUUAUAUGCUGUUCUGUACUUUGUGUUUCGACCGUUUGGCAAGCUAUAGGUCUCAACCUGCAUGUUAUUAUUGGUCAUGCAGCUUUAACUCACAACUUAAUUCAAUACCUCAGCUAUACAGCUUUCAUUUGCAGGGUAUAGGAUCAAUUGCGAAGCUUACAGUACAUAUUAGUAUUACAUAAUCUGCUGGUAAAACUCACACUUCCUGAAUCCUGCUAAGAGGUCGAAAUAUAAGAACACUUCAUUGAGAGAAAGGAAACACUACUAUGUAAAAUAUAAGUGAUUAAAUGAGCUCAGCCUCAGGCUUUGGUGUUAAGCUUCAAGUUUACUUGACAUAAAAUCUAACUUUUAAAAUUAUAUUGAUAUAAUAAUUGGAAUAAGUGUUUAAUUUAUUAAUAUUGCUACAUAUUAGAGGAGUAGUCUUUAUAUAAUGAUUAAUGAAUUGAUAGGUCUGUUCUACCUAAAUGUGUAGUUCACUCACUCACUUUAAAUCUUUUAUGCAAUGUGGCAGCAAUAAACCUGUUUGUUAAGUUUCAUUUGUACAUGUACCCUAUGUAAUUGUGUAUAACUUCUCCCGAAAUGUGUUCUUAAAAUGCCAUUGAUGAUCUGAAAUGUGCAAAUAUUGUACAAUUGUGCAUAUUGCUAAUUGCACUUUGACUUGUGAUUAAAUAUUUCUAAAUA